GAACGUCUGCCCUUGAUCUGCCCUUUCCUCUGACGGCGGUCCUUCACUUCCCCUCCCUCCAUCCUCCGCCCCUUUCAAUGCGCAAAUGAGUUCACCAGCGCAUCUCUCUCUCAAAUGCCCAACCCCAUUAAAAAAUCCCAAAAACCCAAUCGAAGCUCUUGCCUCCUUCAAUCCCUCGACCGGCUCAUCUCCGUCAACGACCUCUCCACUGCCGUCGCCGCAAUGCAUCCGGUCCCAAUCCCCGUGGGCCCUCUCCUUAGCUCGCCGCCUCCGUCUCUACCUCCACGUCACUGGCUCCAAGCACAUCUACCCUUCUACCCCUUUUCUCUCUAAUCACGUAAUAUCUCUUUACUUCAUUCUUGGUCGAGCUGACGACGCCCGCGCCUUGUUUGAUAAAAUGCCGACGAAGAACGUUUUCACUUAUAAUUCGAUGAUUGCGGGCUAUGCUAAAUUGGGUAUGAUUGCAGCGGCGAGGAGAGUGUUUGAUAAUAUGCCGGUGAGGGAUUUGGUUUCUUGGAAUAGUAUGAUUAUUGCUUUUGCUAGAAAUGGGCAAUGUAGAAAUGCUGUCGAUUUUUAUUGUAAGGUUAGACGUUCGUCGUUUGGGUAUAACCCAUUUACGUUUUCUGGGCUAGUCACUGCUUGUGUGAGGUUUGGGGAUUUUAGGCUUACCCAGCAAGUGCACGGGCAGGUUUUGGUUGUUGGGCUGUUUUCGUCGAAUCUUGUGAUUUCGAGCUCCUUGGUUGAUGCAUAUGUGAAGAAUGGAUGGUUGUACGAUGCGAGGAGGGUGUUUGAUGAAAUGAUGACGAAAGAUGUUUUGUGUUGGACUACUUUGGUUUAUGGGUACGCGAAGAGUGGGGAUUUAGUGUCCGCGAGGAGAGUUUUUGAUGAAAUGCCGGAGAGGAAUCCUGUUUCUUGGACGGCUUUGAUUGGAGGGUAUGCGAGGUUUGGGUUCUCGCUCGAGGCGAUUGAUUUGUUUAGGAGGAUGAUGUGGGAGGGUUUUAGGCCGGAUCAAUUCACAUUCAGUAGUGGGUUGUGCGCUUGUGCUUCGAUUGCUUCGUUGAAGCAUGGAAAGCAGAUUCAUGCCCGUUUGCUUAGGACCCGUUUCAGACCGAAUGCUGUCGUUCUGAGCUCACUUGUCGAUAUGUACUCAAAAUGUGGGGAUUUGGAGGGAGGGCGGCGAGUUUUUUAUAAGACACCCGUUAAUGAGAGAGAUUCAGUAAUGUGGAAUACUAUGAUGUCUGCUGAAGGUCAGCAUGGUAACGGGAAAGAGGCUAUUCGGUUGUUCGAGGAAAUGGUUGGAGUAGGAACAAAGCCAGAUGAAAACACCUUUAUGGUUCUCAUCUCUGCUUGCAGCCAUUCAGGUUUAGUAACAGAUGGAGUGAAGUUUUUUGAAUGCAUGGAAGAGACCCAUGGGAUUGUUCCUCAAGAGGAACACUAUUGUUGUUUAGUUGAUCUUUUAGGCCGAGCUGGACAUUUAGAAGAGGCAGUGAAAUGGAUAAGUAAGAUGCAAUAUCAAUCUAGUGCUCGAGCAUGGAAUGCGCUGCUCGGGGCUUGCAGGACCCACAAGAACAUAAAAUUGGGAAAGGAAGUAGCAUCACAGCUUAUUGAAGUUGAUCCUUUGAACUCUGCACCGUACGUGUUGCUAUCAAACAUUUAUGCGGGUGAAGGGAGAUGGGAGUCUGUAGAGAAGGUGAGGCAUCAAAUGGAGGAGAAAAGAGUGAGAAAAGAACAUGCUGUGAGCUGGAUUGAGAUUAAUAACAUAGUCCACUCUUUUGAGGCAUCGGAUAAGUUGCAUCCUGUGAAAGAAAACAUGACCAGUGUAUUAGAACACUUAGUUAGUCAGAUGGAGGAUAAUUCUUUUGUUACAUGAGCGCCAAGGAGCACUUCGGUCUUGCUCUUUCGUACCUGAAGUGGCACUACAAUUUUUUGCGGAUUCACACCCUUACAUUGUGUUAGUGAAGUGGAAUAUUCACACUACAGAUAAUAAAUCUAAUCUUUUGAGAUUAUUGUUUGAGCUUAUCUCUACUAACUGAGGUAAAAUUGUUUCAGCAGUGUAUAUUAGUUUUCACAAAAGUGCGUUAAGAUACAAGAGACAAGAAAACCUCAUGUUUUCCUUCCAUUUGCCAUGUGUUCCUACGAUCAUAUGUUCGGUGUAGUUGAUGUCAAAGAAUGGUUUGUAGCUUCAGUUUUCUUGGCUAAUUAUUGAUGCUGUUAUGCGGCUUCAGUUUUCUGGGCUGAGCAAGAGUGCGUAUAUAAAAGUAAGAUUGUUAUCUUGUGACAAGACUAUUGUGCAGUAUUUUUGAAUAUCCCAUCCCAGUUUGUCACCCAAAAGACUUCCACAUUGAAAUAGAUUAAGCUAAGCUUGGGGCUCAGCUACAGGGAAAUACUCAACACAAAGAAAAGGAUAAGGGAUCUGAAGAUCUAAUCUUCUAGAAGGACAGAUGGGUGUGUUGAGUUGGAGAGCAUCUCCAACCGUUGGGUGCGGUGAAAGUUGACAGUGAUGAUUGGUUGUUAAUAUUGGUGAGUUGGGAGUGCUGACAUCUACGUAGAAGAUAAGAGGAGAGGAGUAGAGCUGUUCGAAUAAAAUAUUGUAAGGCUCAACAAUCAUCAUCAGUACAAUUUUAGGGUUUUGGUGCAGUGAGAGUGGAAAAUGAGAUCGGUGCAAACCAUAUUCCUAUCCAACUAAGCAUACAUUAAAGCAUUUUUUUUUUAAUUUUUGUUGCAUGGAAUUGUCUAGGUUGUGAUUCAGUAAACUGGCGUGCAACCUGUGGAUCAUAUGCAGUGCGCCAUUUGGGUUUCAUCUUCUCCGUCGCUUGCGGUGUAAGAUGAAAAUAUAAACUUUUUACUCUGUAAUUCACAUUAGAACUUUCUAUUAUCAGUCAGCAAUUGUUUUCAUCUAAAGUUUUUCGUACAUUUUAGCCAUUUAGGUAGAAACAUUAUGCAGCAGCUCACAUGGAGAAGUAACACGUUUUGAGUCCAAAGUUAGACCUUGUUUCCUGGUAGUUGUUGC